GACAGUCUCGCUCCAACAACUAUCAUUGAUAUAUUGUUGUAGAAUUCGUUGAUACUAUUAUUUUCAUACGGAACUUGGUUUUUGUCUAGAAAAGAUUUUGAUUCCCUUUAUUAUAUUAAAAAUAUUACAUUUAUCAAUAAUACACAUUAAGAAUCAUAUAAUCAAUUUUGGUGUUUAUGAUACGAAUGUGCAUUUCACGCAGGCACAUCUUGGCUUUUAAUCGCUUUGUGGUCUAAAUAAUAAAAUGAAAUUUUACAUGAACUGUUUUUAUAUAAUGAUUUGUGUUUGAAAUAUUCUACAUUCAAUGACGAACUUCUAAAAGUAGAUAUAUAUAUGUUAAGAAUAAAUUAAGGUAGACUGGUUUCAUAUAUCAGGAUCGUAUGUUCUAGAACUUGUAGAUUAAGAAUGACUAGUGUCUUUCGUUAAGUCGGUGUAGUGAGAAUGGAAAGGUUGUCUCAUGAUUUAAAUCUGGCGCUCGAAGAGAGUAAUUGCGGCCGGCAGGAGAGGCGGAAGUUAGGGCUUCGUAGACGGACCCGCUCCGCAGGGAACCUGCCAGCCGCCGUCACAGUGAGCCUGGUUGAAGAUGGCAGUUCCAGUAGUCCACCUCAGGCUCCAUUGAUAACUCAACCUCUGUCAGACUCUGAUGACCCACAGUUAAACCUGCACAAGUCGACAAGUCUCAAAUCCAGACACUACUGUCAGAUAGGCAACUUUGAAUCAGAUUCAUUCAAUGAGAAUUUCUCACCAACCCGUCCAGCCAAUGCUCGAAGGAAACGAAAAUAUAAAAAGAUGCCUGUUGAAUAUGCAGAUGGAAAGACAUCACCUCCAAUUGAAAUAUUAAGUGUGACUACCGAGACUAAUGUUUUGCCAGCAACAAUAAUGUUACAAACCCAUGGUUUAUCAUCGCUAACACAUUUGAAUAAGCAUAAACCAGAAUCAAGAAAUGCUUUUUGCGGCAAGAGAAAAUGGUCACAUAGAGACAAAGGAGAUGGGUGUGAAAUGAGAGAAAGAUCAUUUAGUGGUGGUUGUUCUUCUAAGUCAACAUUUUUUACAAAGAAUGAUUUUAAAUGUAAGAAGUAUGAUAAUGAAAAGAAAAGAAAGGAUUCUGUUCUGCAACCUGGCAAAAUUGUACUCAAAUCGCACAAUGUAGAAGGUAUGAAGCCAUCCACAUUCACAAACACUCUUUCCUUACCUGGUAGCUCCAGUUUUAAUUUUGUUUACAAGAACUGCAAGAAUGGAACACCGACACUUGCUAAAAUGACAGGAUAUAAGAUCACCACUGAAUUACCACCAUUCUUUAAUCCUUCCACAAGUACUGGAAAGUAUCAGAGAAAAUUUAAAAUGCUCAAUAAAUCUCAUCCACCUAACUUUUUAAGAAAUCCUUUACAAUUUGAUGACUCGAAUAGCGGAAUGGACUGUGCUGGUAAUGAGUCCAGCUCAUUAAGCAGCAGCGACUCUGACGGAGUUGUGACAAAUGACAGUGAUAGAGAAGGCGAUGAUGAACUCACAGAUUGGCCCGGUAUAGAGGAGCUGAAAGUCUUCAAUAAAAGUCUUACAUUCAAGUCUUCGAAGUCUGUAAAUAAUAACUCUCCAAACUCUAUGAAUAAUAUGCCGCCGCCGAAGCGAUUAAAAAAGGAAAAGUUUCUGGUGAAAAGUGGUUGGGCUAGUUGUAAGAAUAGAUUCAAGAAGAAACGCCCCAAAGUUGACUCUGGAAAUGAUGACGACGCUAUGAUGUCUGACUCUAAAACUGUUGUCGAGUUUGAUGACGAAAUUGUUUUACCUAAAGAAAACAGAGACAUUCUUCAGCCACACUCAUCUUUUACUAGUUUUAGUGAUUUAAAAAAUGCUGGUGUUCUUGGUCAGAAUGCCAACGAAUCAUUUUUUCAAUCCUUUCAGGCUUUCCAAGAGAAAUCGGGCCAGCAGGAUGAGUUGUUUAGCCAGACGCCGCGUAGUAAUUUCUCUUUGCAGAAAACGUCAUCUAGUGACUUGAAUUUGAGUGAAAAGUCUCCGCAAAGUGAUCAUUAUUGCAGUGAACAUUCCAUGGGUAAUGGAGUGGUGACAGAAGUGAGAGAGAUAAGAGCUGGAUGUCGCCGUAUCCGCGAAGAGCGUCCAGGAUUUUUAAUACUGAGUGCAGCUAAUGAGCAGUUGUCCAAGUUUCUACAAGAUUCAUGUCAGACAGAGCUAAAGUUACCCAGUUUAAAUGACCCCGAAGAGAGGGAGAAAUUGGAAUCUUUAGCCAAAUUGUAUUCCCUAGAAUUGCAAGUUGAGAUGGGUCGUCCAGUUUUGAGGAAAACAAGUAAUACAAUGCAAGCGAUCCGUGUUGAGCAUUCAUAUCACAAUUUCCCGUCGGACCACAAGAGGCGGUGUUACGGCGACGAAGCAGAUUCGAGUCUCAGUCUCAGUGAUCAGAACUCGGUGACUUCCAUCAACGAUCUCGACGAAACGCCAGACUUGAUAUCAGAUGUGCGGAAGGCGGUCACAACUGAUCCAGCUGCCCAAGACUUGGUCGAUACAUUCUCACAUACGCUUGUUGAUAAGUCGUUAUUGCACCCAGGUGAUGUAGAUUAAUUUUUUUUUAUAUUUAUACUUAAAUUUAAGAAUAGUAUUAUAUGAGCGUUUUUUUUUAAAAUAUAGGUGUUGGUUGAACGAUUUUCUCCUAGUUUCAUCACAAUAUCUCAUGAGUGAACCACAACGAUGACAGGAGAAAUCGAAAUGUUAUUCUCUAUUGCUGUUAUUUAUAAAAAAAAAACCGUCAAACAUAUUUAGGUUGUUUACGUUAACAUGACAUGUACCACCAAAAUCUAAAGAAUAAACAAUGUGACUAAAAACAUUUACAUGACUCCUCUGUCCAGUCGGACUGCUACUGAAAAUUUGCCCUCACAAACGCAAACAGAGCAGAAUGUCUGUACAUGGUCACACACAUUAAAGUGAAAAAAUUGGAAGGGCGUGCCAUGUUUACGUAGUCAAAAUAAUAGUCUAAACUUAUUUUAGUUAUUAAGAAGUUUUUUUUUUCUUUUGAUAUAAAUACUUAAUUUAAAAUAAUGUUAUAAAAACACCUUCGUGUAGGUUUGAAAAAGUUUUUAGUUUGGGAAAUAGAUUAAAAAAAUUUUGUGCUAAAUGUUUCAGAAUGACCUUAUUUUUUUAAUAUCUAUACAUACAUUGUUCGACUCUGCGAACUAUUACUCUGAAGGUGUAACGGCGAUAUUGCAAUUAGUAACGCGAUACAAUGCGAUGAAUGUUGAAUUAUCAUUGUUUGUUAAUCGCGAUGGUUCAAUUCCAAUGGCCUACGUUAAAAUAACGCUCGUGUAAUAUGUAAAAUAAGCUCGAAACAAAAUUAUAAUUGUAUAUUUCGUUUGGAAUCUACGGUAACUAUGUUUUUAAGAAAGCGAAAGGAAAUAUUACAUAAUUAACGUUUCAGGGUAUCACGCGAUUGAUGUAUAAUAAUAUAGAGUAAGAAAGAGAGAGAGAAAGUAGACGAUUAUGGAAAGAGUUCUGCGUAUUUUAUAUAUUUCUGUAAUUUUUAUUAAUAAUAGUCGUUGUUUAGUGUAUUAUUAAGUGUAUUAUUACUGUAGUUGUUUAGCGCUACAGUGCAUUAGGAUAAAAUCGGUUUACUCUCUUAUUCAUAAAAAUUAAAAUCUAUAAACCUCUUAACUUUCGUAUGCUUUUAUACUACAGGCGUAUUUAUUAUUUUUAAAUGUCGUAAAUGCGUCAUUAUUUUGUUUUUCAUUUAAUAAUUUCUAUUACGCCCUGUUUUAUAGAUAAAACAUAUUUUUUGGAGACUAUUCUAGAAAAAAACAAAUCAAAAUAAACUUGUGUUUUGUCACUCUUUCAAAUUCAGAAAUUAGUAAAAAAGGUAGGAAAAAACAGUGGCUAUAAAAAGGUUUAUUUGACUUUUUUUUAUGAAUAAGAGGGAUAGUGUAUUAAUUUAUACAUAAGUGGAAAAGUCCAUUAAAUUUAAUGGUUAUAUCAUAAUUUAUAAUAUAGAAUGGAGUAACUUAGUGCAGCGAAGUCUACACAAAACUGUCAAGUUCGAUCUCAUCUAUUUAUAUUGUUGUUGAUGAACAUGUGUGCUUUUUGUUGAUGCGAAAUUUUCGUUUUUUUUUUGGAUAAUCACCAAAAUGUAUCCUAUAUUUUAGUGCUUAAGACUUAAUAUUAUAUGUGUUUAGAUGCUUUUUUUUUGUUGAAAUUAUAAAUUUCUUAUACUACUUUGGUGUUACAACGCCAUCUAGUGGUCAGAAUUGUACCUAACAUUUUUUAAUUAAAACAUUCAAUAACGGCUGAAUUACGUAACUCAUUUUCUAAUUCUCGUUUCAAAUAGAAUGAAACUAAGAGUUUUGAGAUUAUUAGUUGUAAACCGUAUCCAUUUUUAACUGAAGCUGCCGUAUGGUACGUCCUAAUCGCAAGUGUCAGUUUCAAUAAGAAUUUAUAGCAACUCUAUGAAAUAAAACAGCACAGAAGUUUUCUGAUAACAUAAAGCACCAUAAAGAAACAGUUUGAAUAGGUUGUCUGAAAGAGAUCGGUUUUAUUGAUAAGGCACUCGAUUGUUUUUUCUGUGUGAUAUAUUUCUUUUAAAGAAUUUUUUUUUAAGUAUUGGUCUAAUCUUUUAGGAGGGUAAAUUAUUGAUAACAUCAGGGCUAUAGUAUUUAAUGAUGAGUCUCAAAUGCAUUUUUGGAUCAUUACAAAGUAACAUGUGGGGAUGCAACUACAAAUGAGAUAGGCAGCCAUUUUUUUUAAUUGGUAACACUUGUUAUAAUUACCUACACAGUAGGCACUGUACAGACGUCAAAAUGGACUCAUUUAACGGUUAAAGAUACCUUAUUCACAAUUGUUAUAGUCAUAAAAAUUUACAUUCCAUUUAUAAUUGAGAAUGCUAAAACACAGAGGCAGUCUAUAUUUCGUCCUUCCAAAAUUCAUAUAAGAGUAUACAAAACUUACAUUUAAAAAUUGUAUUUAUAUUUAAAAAUAAAUCCUGAGCCAUGAUAUGGGAUUCGUAACAAAUUUUUACCAUAAAUAUAAAAUUGUGUAUA